AUGCAUUUAACUAAUUUGGAUCGCUGCCCUGCAUGCUAUGGAGUAUCAGUUUGUCCGGAAUUAUAUUCAAACCAAAUAACUUUAGAGAACCACUGGUCUGCUAUGUUUAACGCAAAGAAUAUAUUUUACGGGUAUACAAGGUCAAACCGCAAAGUAGUAUUGAAGAAGCUCGCUCAUGACUGGGAAUUAAAAGAAUUUGAUGAUAAAUUAUGCAAAGAAUGGAACUUAAGUAGUACUUGUACCCCCAAAGAUCUGCUAAAUGUAAGCAAAGUAGAUCAGAAAAUAAUAGAUAUUGUUCAAUUCAAUAUUUCAUGGCCUGACACAGAACCUAGAAAAGGUCUGGUUUUAUGUCCGUAUGCUUAUAGUAUUUAUGAUUUAAUUCAUCCAGCUAUGAACAAUGGCAAUGGGAAUUUCAAGGCAGAAAUGAUUAAUAUCUGGACAAUGCUCAGUAUAAACCCAGAACCAAUUUUGUUACAGAUCCUCCCUAAAACGAAAGGCUGGCCUGUCCCAGCGUAUGGUGGUGUCUGUGGACGAUUAGAAGUGGUGGCUCAUGAAGGAGAGAUACUGUCUUCCCUUACUCAUAUCUCGUGGUAUACCAAGCUCAAAUAUGCUCAGAAAAUACUCAAUGCAGCUAUGGAUUUUACAUUUAAACAUGAUAGGUUUCGAUUCUAUCUCAUGGAUUGGUCCAUAGACAAUAUUGUAGCCAAUGAAAAGGACGAAAUUACAUUUGUAGACAUUGAAGAUGUAGUAGUUCUAGAUAAGAAUAUAUCACCAAAAAAAGAUCUUCCAGACUGGUACCAAAGAUAUAACAGAGAAGUCUUAGGAACUGGUUUCACAUUCUCUAUAGAGAAUAUGUGUCAACAUCAUCUAAGUGACCAUAAUAUCUGGGCUGCGUGUUUUGUUUUAGCUGGUGAUGAGAACCCAUUUCUCUAUCCCAUACCCAAAGAAAUUAAUGAUACCAGGCCACAUUUUGAUAGAUUGAUGCAUAGAUGUUUGAAUGGCGAUGAUAGGUUUCGCACUAUUGGCAAAUUACAACAUGUAAUUGAAGACAUGCUGCUCGAUAAGAAAGUUGCUGCGUUGGGGAAUGUAACAUGA